CCCGUUUGCUUGCGUUUGGGAAACGUUUCACAAUAGAAUCGGCGUUAUGAAUACGCCACUGGUAUACAGCUAACCUUCAGAGUUUGACUCUUUUUCCAGUGACUGACCAGUGGACACCAAAAGGAUGUACUGGAAACAUUUAGUCUGCCCGGAAAUCCAAUUUAGGAGAAGUAGGAGAAACAACAAAGAUGGCGGACAGGCUAACGCAACUUCAAGAUGCAGUCAAUUCGCUUGCUGAUCAGUUUUGCAAUGCAAUCGGGGUGCUGCAGCAGUGUGCGCCGCCAGCUUCGUUCAGCAACAUACAGACAGCAAUCAACAAGGACCAGCCAUCGAACCCCACUGAGGAGUAUGCCCAACUAUUUGCUGCACUCAUUGCCCGGACAGCUAAGGAUGUGGACGUGCUGAUUGACUCACUGCCUAGUGAGGAGUCCACGGCAGCUCUACAGGCGGCCAGUCUGCGGCAGUUGGAGGAGGAGAAUCAUGAUGCAGCGGCACGUCUCGAAGAGGUGGUAUACCGAGGGGACUUGCUACUGGAGAAGAUCCAAAGCGCCCUGGCUGAUAUUGCUCAGUCACAACUUCGUACUCGCAGUGGAGGGCCCAGCCAGACCACACCGCCUGAAUCAUGACCCCCACACAUGGGGCAAAGACAUUCUCACAUCACUUUCUCACAUAAAUACACCAGAGGGUGCAAAUGUGUACAGGAAAUCAAAUAAAGAACCCACUGGGUGGACCUGAACAGCUGACCUCUCAAGGAUGUGAAUCUAUGGAAAAUACUUGUUGCGAUAUGUGAGUGGGACAUUGGGAAGUUGGUGCUUGGGGAAUUCAGUGAAGCAAGCCAUGAACCCACAUGUUCCUUUACACAAGGACAUUGAGUUCUGCCAACAAGGAACUGUUUACUCUGUCCUUUUCUUAGCACACUCUAUUUUGGAUUAAAAAGCACUGCUCUGGU